AUGGAAGAUUUACUUAAAAAACUAAAUGUGAGAGGAUCUUGGUAUGGGGUACCACACAUUUAUGGGAGUUACUUACCAACUGGGCGUGUUGGACACACAGCUCAUGCUUUGUAUAUAAAUUCGGUGCAUGGGGGCAAACGGCCUUUGGUUAUUAUUACUGGUGGUGCGGAUCCCUCAGCAGUAUUUAAUGAGGCGCAUAUUCUGGAUAUAUCGUCGUGCAGAUGGCAUACUAUUAGUGUGUCAGAAGCAAUAGAUUUUCCAAGUUUGGGAAGAUAUGAGCAUAGUAGUGCAUUAUUGUGCAACCAAGAGCUAUUGAUAUUUGGUGGUGCGACAAAAUCAGGUCCUUUAAAUCAAUUACUCCGUUUACAACUUGAUGAUCUUUCAGUACCAACAGAGAAUUCAUCAGUCUUUGAAAUUCAGUCAUUCACUGGAAGUAUAAAACAGAUUAGCAAUCAUACUAAUCCUGCUUGUAAAUUGCGUACACAACAUUCAUCUGUUUCACUUACAGAAUAUGAUCAACUCUUAAUAUUCUCUGGUGGAGAUGUUGGCAGUCAGACAGUAUCAGAUGACAAAGUACAUAUGUAUGAUAGUGUAUUGGAUUCAUGGAUUGAAAUACCAGUUGAGGGUAUUUCACCUUGUUCACGGUUAGGUCAUUUAAUGCUUUAUGAAUCACCGUGUCAGCCGGAAACUUCAAAUGCUGAACAUCGUAUUCCAAAAGGAAAACUGUAUAUACAUGGAGGAAUGGCUGAUGAUGAACUAUUCGAUGAUCUCUAUGCUUUACAUUUUGUUCAGUGUGAUAACGGUGAUGUACACUUUAAAGGUGUAUGGAGUAAAUUAUACCCUAAUAUUAAUGCUGAUGAUGAUGCUGACGCAAUAGACUCAAAUGAGAAAUCAAAUACACCACAUCUCAAACCUUUAGGUCAUAUUUCACCUGAUUCACGUGCUGCUCAUGGUGGAGCGAUUCUAACAAAUAAAAUAUUUGGGUCAGAUACGACUAAAAUAUUUAUUUUUGGUGGAUUUUCAACAACUGGAGCUUUAAAUGACAUGUUCUGCUUUGAUACAAAUUUGAAACAGUGGAGUGAAAUCAAGUGUGAGACAGGUGUAUUGCCUGCUCCACGUUUAGAUUUUGCAUAUUGUGUAGUCACGUUGACAGUACAGAAGAAAAAUGCGAAAAUUAAAUUGAUGGAGUUGACAAGAAAUUCAUCAAAAGAUGAUCAAAGUAAAGGUGAUACUAACGAUAAAGACGAAGAAGGAGAAGGCAAUGACGAAGAAAAAACGCAGUGUACAGAUGAUGGUGCAGUUUGUAGUAAUUCUACACCAUAUCGGUCAAAUGAGCACUUCAAGUCGAAAUUGUUUACAAUGUCAAGUGAAACUAAAAAGGCUGAAGUGCCACCUUCUAUGAAGUUUGUAUUAGGUGGAACUGCUGGAAUGUGCGCUUCUGUGUGUGUUCAGCCGUUAGAUUUGGUCAAAAAUCGAAUGCAAAUGAGCGGUGUUGGAGGAGGUGCUAGUGCUGGUCAACGCAACAGCUUUCAGGUUCUUUUAUCAGUUAUACGCAAUGAAGGAUUUUUUGCAAUCUAUUCAGGCUUAUCUGCUGGUCUACUCCGUCAAGCCACUUAUUCAACUGCGCGUCUAGGUAUAUACACAAAUUUAUUUGAACAGUAUUCAAAACUUAAGCAUGAAUCGCCUAACUUUUUCAUGAAAAUUGGCAUAGCUAUUUCUGCUGGAGUAUGCGGUGCACUCAUUGGUACACCGGCUGAGAUCUGUUUAAUUCGAAUGACAUCAGAUGGCAGAUUACCACCAGCAGAACGUCGAAAUUACUCCAAUGUGUUCAAUGCCUUGAUACGGAUCACUCGUGAAGAAGGCUUACUUACAUUAUGGCGGGGUGCAAUUCCUACAAUGGGACGAGCAGCCGUAGUUAACGGUGCACAGCUAGCCACUUAUUCUCAGGCUAAACAGAAAAUUCUAGAAACCGGUUAUUUAACUGAUGGAUUAGGUGUACAUACACUGGCUAGUCUGUUAAGCGGUUUCACGACAUCUGUAUUCUCUUUACCUAUUGAUAUUGCAAAGACAAGAAUUCAGAAUAUGAAAAUUAUCGAUGGAAAACCGGAGUAUAAAAAUAUGGGGGAUGUUAUUUUACGUGUAAUACGCAAUGAAGGUUUUCCAUCCUUAUGGAAAGGUUUUACACCAUAUUUCUUACGUAUUGGACCACAUACUGUGUUGACAUUCAUUUUCUUAGAACAAUUCAACAGUGCAUAUAUUAGAAAUGUACUAGGCGAUAAAAGUGGUCAACGAGCUGGUGGACUUUAA